ACUACGAUGUUUGAGCUUGACGUUUUACGUUAUCAAUUUUUAUUGUUGUUUAAAUGUUUCGGAUCUGCUGCUGGUGGCCGAUGGCGUAUUGUUUUAUUGAAAUACCAAGCUUAAACCGUUGAAGCAAAUACAAUAUCGUUACAUAUAUCUAGUUUUGUGGGACUCUUCGAAACUUAUCGGAGACAAACAUGUCUCGGAGUUUGUAUACAUUCUUUAUUCUACUGCUCAUUCAAAAUGUUGUCAAUUCUUUAAAACUCUUAGUCAGUAAUAAUGGUCCAGUUGUUCGUGGAUCCAACAUUACAUUUACUGCAACAGUGCUUGGUUAUGAGGAUGAGGAACUCAAGUUUUCUUAUUGGGAUGAUGUUCAACCACAACACCGUGAAGAUAUUACAAAAAACACUAAUGUAUCAACAUGGACAGUAGAAUACUCGCGUAAUUUGUAUGAAGCAGGAGAAUACACAGUGACUGUGGAGCUUUUGAAAAACUUUUUUGGUCUCUGGAUAAAGCAAACAUCAGGAAGCACUACAUUUCAACUGACAGACUCACUGCAUGGGAAUCUGAUACUUACACAGAACAAUACAGUGAGAUCAAAUAGAUAUGUAGCUGUAAACAACACCGUCGAACACAAAGUUCAGCUUCCCGACAAUGAGAUGCAGUUUCUGAAACAAAAUGCAUCAUCAAUUGUAACAUACUGGUUUAUUGAUUGUAUGUUUAUAGACCAAACUACUGACUUUGCUUUUAACUAUACAUAUACAGAUCUUAUGACAGACCAUUAUAUAGAUGCUUUGGUUGUUGCUAACAAUGAACCAUUGCCACCAAUUACAACAACAACAACUACUACUACUACUUCUACUACAACCACAACAACAACUACUACUUCUACAACUUCUACAACUACUACAACAUCAACAACAACAACUCCUAAACCACCUACCAAUAUUAAUCCCUCAGUACCUACAACACAUAAGGUAGUGAAAAGGGAGGUAACAAAAAGAAAACAUGCAAUCAAGGAUUUCAUUUGUAACAAUUCCAGUAUUGUGCCCAUUGGGGAGACAUACACAUAUGGCCAUUAUCAAGAAACUAUUAGUAUUAGAGAACCAAUUAGUACAAUGAAUAUAACUGGAUUAAAUUGGUUACAACAUGGUGAUUUACUGAACCUACGAGUGAAGUACUCUGGGUCACCGCCAUUUGACUUCUGUGCUGUAUACAAAUUUGGCCAGUACAAUGUGACAGGGAAUGAGACAUGCAAAGUCAAAUCAAGGACAGAAUCAAAUGUCUUCCCACUAGUGCAUUAUUUCUCGGACAGCGAUCAACACACUGUUGUAGUUGUUGUUGAGAAUGUACUUGGAAAAAGUGUGUCGAGGGCAACAAUUAAUAUUUAUAAAGCGUCAGUCCACGCGCAGUUGUCUGUAAUAGUGGUACCGGUGGCAUUUUCCUUUGUCGCUGUUAUCCUUGUCGUGUUUGGUGUUGCCUACUAUCAGCAUAGAUCUAGGCACACAAUAGAAGUUGCAGACUUCGAUUUCGGUCAGCAAGUGAACUUUGAUUACAAAACAUUCGCUGAAAGGCUUCGGGACAGCUUUCGGAGCGCUUUUAAUUUCCAUAGAGACGACACAGAUCCAUUAACGGAUACGAUGUACCACUCUAUGUGAAUUAUUUAUCUGUGGUUUAAAGUUAGCUUUGUCUAUGGGUAAUGUAGACGAAUGAAUGAAUAUGAGUACUACUCGUAUAUAAAUUCCUAAGAAAUAAAAGAAGCUUAAAUUGAAUUUAGAAUAUAUAAUCAAAACUUCCACAUACUUAAAUUAGUAUUUCAUAGAAUCAAAGACUUUUUGUCACCUACAUACAUCAAAAAGGUCUACGUGUCUAUUUUUUUUUAAUAACAUAAUUUGUCAUGUACUACAAAACCGGUACCGCGUGUUUGUUGCUGCUGGAUGAUGGCUGUCGAGGAUGGAUGAUGUUGAGGCCUAAUUACCAAUUUAAUGAUUAGUAUUCAUAACAUAUAUUAUAAACAAGCCCCUCUUAGAGUGUAUAAAGACAGAGCCGUUACGUCAUUAUAGUGGGUUGGUUAAUCUUGAUACUUAAUAUGAACAAAUUAAAUAAAAAUUAUGUUAGUUACUCUUUCCGCUCUAUAAUUUCUGGAAGAAAAAUAAUUCUUAUUCCACAGUUUUCACUAUUAGCACAUCCAUCACAGCGAAAACACUAUAAGACAGAAAGAGACAAAAGACAACUUUAGUUACAACUGUGCAAUUAGACUUAGUUUUCAUGAAUUGUUUAGGCGUAACUUAGACGUUUUUGAUGUUUUGAUCAGUUUCUCAUAUUUUUAUUUCCCUUUGAGGGUUUAGUCAUUUCGUAUUAUUCAUUCAUUCGUCUUUGUUGGUAGUAAGUAUCAAAGAAAGUUAUGUAAACUUAUAUUGUAGUGCUCUCAUGGUAUUGUAUCAUAUAAGAAAAUAUAUUUUUAUAUGCAAUUGUUAUUGCGUUGAAAUGUUAUAACCGGAUACUGCGUUUAAACGAAUAUUAUAUUUAUUUUUUAAUUUCGCUGCUUUUGAACAUACUUUCUUAAUGGCAUAUAGAACGCUAAUUUAUUUGUAAUAUAAGCUAAUAUGUAUAACGAAAUUUUUAUGAAAUUAAUAAUAUAUGCUGUAUUUUUUCAAAUUUAAACUAUGUAUUAAUUAAAUUCAUAUAUAAUAUCUAAUUUAAUGAAACAAGCUCCAUACAGACUUGCGGACAUUCAACGCUCUAAUAUAAGUUACUAUGGUAUUAGCAUUAUUGCAGGUUACAAAAAACAAUCGCGACAACGAAUGACAAAUCGCGAUUGUGAUUGGCCAACAGUAGCGACCAAUUAAAAUGAAGCGACUCGACCAUUCCUUUCGUAAUAAUUUCAGCUUUCAAUAAAUAAAAAUAUCUAAUUACAGUGUGGCUUGAUUAAGUUGACAGACUGAUUCAUGUUAUAUGUGUGGUUCUUUAAAGAAAGGUAAAAUAAAUACAAAUUUAUUGUCACUGAAAGAGUAUGGUGAGGUGACAUAACGCAACAAACUAUCCGAACAUCAAUUCAAAUGGAGAAAUUUCUUGUAAUAAUUAUAAUUUUAUAUAAAGAAGCUCUGAUAUUUAAUUAUUGUUUCCAAUACUGGUAUUCACUAUG